CUCUUCACAUACCACAAACACAUCACACUCUUGUAGCAAAAAUAUUCUCUCUCCCAUAUCACAAAAGAGAUAAACAAUAUGACAACGUAUGGCACCAAUCCAACUUCGUCUAACGACUUAGCCCCCAAACUCGAGUACAUUACCCGCGGCAUUAACCAACACAAAAGAUCCGGCCUCGCCACGCGCCGCCCUUGGAAGCAAAUGCUCGACCUCGGCUCAUUCAACUUCCCCCGCAAACUAGCCACCGUGAUCACCAGAGUCAAAGCCAACACCGUCUAUUUCCAGACCAAUUACACCAUUGUUGUCCUCUUCUCAGUAUUUCUCAGCCUGAUUUGGAACCCCUUCUCACUCCUAAUCCUACUUGCCCUACUCGGAGCAUGGCUCUUCCUCUACUUCCUCCGUGACGAACCGCUCUCAGUAUUCGACCGAGAGAUCGACCACCGUAUCGUACUUAUCGUCAUGUCCGUUCUCACUCUUUCGAUCCUUUUCUUAACCGAUGCUAAGCUCAAUAUCGCGGUCGCCAUCGUGGCCGGUGCCACGGCUGUGUUGUCUCAUGCAGCCGUUAGGAAAACCGAAGAUUUGUACCAAAACGACGAAGAAACCAGUCUUUUAAAUCCCUAAAAAAAAUUAAAAUCGUCAACUGUUA